UUAAACCUGCUUUGCUGAAUACAGAAUCAUUUUAAAAUAUUUUGAAGCAAAGAGCAUUUAUAACACUUCUGAUUUUUAAGUUUUGAAAUAUUCAUUAUUCUGAAAGAACAUUUCCAUUACAUAAAGUUAAUAAAUACCAAGAAUAUACGGGAUUGCAAUCCUUGUUAAUAUGGGGAAUAGUAUGUUACGUUUACGUGUAUUGUUUGUCAAUUGCAUUCUCAUAAUUAUUAUGACGUUAUAUUGUGAUGGCGACGUCACAGAAGAAAAGUAUACAACAAACGAGGAUAUAUCUCCACUAGAAUUUGGCACAGAAACUAAUAUAGGCAUCUUGAAGAAUAUUGAAAGCUUUGAAAAUCUGGCAAAAUUUGCUAUGAAAUCUCGGCGUGGAGAAUUUGUUCCUAUAGAAGAUACUGCAAUAUACGACGCGAUGGUUCGGAUCCUCCAAGACUUAAUCGAUUCGAUCAAAGACGUUAAGAAUGCAUAUACGUUUCUCAAUGCAGAAGGCUUACAUCGCAUAGUUGCAGACAAUUUUUUGUUACCGCACGAUAAUGUCAGAAAGAAUUUACUUCUUUUAACGAAAAGACUUUUCGAAGUCACUCCUACAACAGUUUCAUUUAUUCCUGAAAAUGUUGUUGAUGGCUUAUUAGAUAUAUUCGAGAAUGAAAAAAAUUUAGCUUUGAAGGCACACGCUUUAGACGUUCUUUGCCUAUGGCUACCUAAAAACCCUGUAAUACAAGCACGGGUAAUGAAGCUCAAAGGUUUGGAACCAUUUUACUACCAAGUAUCAAAAUUGGAAAUUUCAGUUGUACAAACUUUACUCGACUUAUUCAAUAAAAUACUAAAAGAACAUAUAAGUGCUCGUAAUGAAAAAAUACAAAGGACUAAAGCGGAUUUGGAUAAGUUAAGGUUAUACCAAAGAAUUGGUUUGCUUGAACGAAUGUCUACACCGACGGUAUGUAACGGCUUGUUGAAUAUUUUUGAAGUUGCUUGGAACUUCAAUAAUAAUGAGGUUUUAAUAACCGUUUUUGAGAUUAUAACAGACAUUAAACAAUUCUGUAAUAAAAUAUAUGGUGGUAAUAUCAAGGCGGUAGAACUUUUCAAUGCAUUAUUAAAGUAUGUGCGUAAUGAACAAAAUAUUGAUUAUCUUUGGGAGCAAAAUGUAAAUGUUACUAAUUUGGAAACUGUAAUAGAAGAAUACGUUAAUAACACGAAAAUUUCGUCUAAAAGGGAUGAACUAUAAAGCCUUAUAUUAAUUUGUUGUUUAGCUAUAAAAAUACAUUUUAAGUUUAUA